AUGGCUACGGUUUUACAAAAGCUAGUCGAUUCUGGAAUCCCUAAACGAGGAAAAAGGGGUAAGAAACGCAGUAAGCGCACCGUGUCAUCAGACUCUGAGAGCGAAGAUUCUGACUAUUCAGCCAAACGUACACGGGAUGACGACGACGCAAUCAGUAUAAGUGCGUCGGAUAACGACAUCCAAGCCCUUCUGGAUGGGUCACUCGCCACCGGCGAUAACACGGCCAAUGUUCCCAAUACCUCAGGCAAUACUGCGCCAGGAAACCAACCGAUUUUGGAUCAGUCUGAAAUAGAACUACUAGAGUCUCUUAAUAGUGCCCUCAACGAGGAAGAACAGACAGGACCUAAGAUUGUCCAAAAUCUGGCUGACAUAGCCAUUACACGAUGGGGUAAAACAAUUACCACCGAAAAAUUUAAAAUUCUGUUGUCAAAACAUGACAAACCAGAAAAUUGCGCAGAGUUAACCGUACCCAAAGUUAACCCAGAAAUUUGGACCGCUCUAAAUAAUUCUAAGAAGAGCGCAGAUUUGCGUUUGGGAAACAUACAGCAAACUAUUCAAAAAGCCACUUUUGGCAUGCUUAAGACAUGUGACACACUGCUAUCAACGCCCACUGAUACAAAAACUGCGCUCUCGCAUGCUAUCGAUGCUGUAGCCCUUAUGGGUCACUCGGUAGGUGUACUGUCUCGAAUUCGAAGGGACCAAAUUAGACCGGCUCUAAAGCCAGAAUUUUACAGCCUUUGUAAUAAGGCAAACGAACCAGAAAGUUCAUCUAGUGCCAUGCUUUUUGGCGACGAUUUAGCAAAACAAGUGUGUGACGCUAAAGAAACCAAUACAAUUAGUCAGUCAAUUGGGGCUAACCGCAAUUGCACAUUUUGA